AUGGGUUCCGACGACGGCGCCAAGGGCCGCGACGGGCGGUCCUGGUGGAGCGCCGUCGCCUUCCUCUUCUUCUUCGUGGGCCCCAUGCUGGGCCUCGAGCAGUACCUCGCGGCCCAGCGGCGCCUGCGCGUCGCCCGGGCGCUGGCGGUGGCGCCGGCCGCCGACGCGCGGCCGCCGGCGGCGCCCGCGGCGCCCCCGCCGCCGCCACCCGCGGCGCGCUCGCCGCUGCCGCCCCCGCCGCUGUCGCCCGCGGCGCGCCCGCCGCCGCCGCCGCGGACGCCCGCGGCGCCCCCGCCGUUGCCGCGGGCGCGCGCGCCGCCGGCCGACGAGCCCGAGGGCGUCGCCGACGCCGUCGCCGCGGACUCGCUCGCGGCGCCGCCGUCCCUCGUCGACGAGCUCGUCGCCCUCGCGGCCCUGCCGCCGAGGGAGGCCCUCGCGUACCUCGACGCGGACCCGCUCGACGUCGAGCGCGUGUCGAACGCGACCGCGUGGACGUGCCCCGACCGGCGGCUCCUGAGCUCGUCGCCGCGCCGGAACCCGUCGCGCGCCGCGGCCGCGAACCUCAAGGCCGCGAAGCCCGGCGCCUUCGUCUGGUUCGACCACCUCUCCAAGGCCGGCGGCACGAGUUUCUGCGAGUUCGCGCGGCGGAAUUUGGGCAUCAAGCGGACGCCGUCCUACUACUGCAUGCCGCCGGACCCGAAGGUGCCGGGCCCCGACGGCCGCGUGGGCCGCUGGCCCGGGCCCCAGCUCAAGGGGUAUAUAGAACGCACGAAGCACGCCGUCGUCGCGAACGAGUGGGACGCGUUCCCCGCGCCCGUGCUCGAGCGCGACUUCCGCGACGCCGCGGUGCUCAUGACCAUCAUCCGCGAUCCCCUCGACCGCCUCGUGUCGACGCACAAGUUCUGGGGCAUCCUCAACAACCCGGCCAAGGUCAAGCCGGAGCUCGUGCCCUGGCUGAAACGGAAGAACGCCGCCGCGCGCGCGCGGCCGAUGCGGCGCGACACGACCAACGACUUUCUGUCGCAGGUCGGCCGCGACAACUUCGCGACGUGGAAGUUCGCCUCCUACGCCGAGCCGCGCUUCGACGACUGCAAGGGCGACAAAGCCUGCGCGCGCGACGCGCUCGCGACGGCGCUCGCGGUCCUCGAGAAGUUCCACGUCGUCGUGCCUACCACGUGGCAGGCGUGGGCGGGGCCGCUCUACGCGGGCUUCGGCUGGACGCGCCUCGAGGAGGUCCACGUCGUCAACAUCGGCAAGGUCCAGUCGUCGUCGUCGAAGAAGGACCUCGCGCCGUCCGACUACGCGGCGCUCCGCGAGGCCAACGUGCUCGACGAGGUCCUCUGGCACUGGGCGCGCCGCGCGUUCCUCGAGCGCCUCCGCUGCCCGCCGGAGCUCUAA